ACAACUGUCGAGUUAACUUGUUCGUCAGAAAAGUUAUUACAAAUCUGAAAGUGUAAUUCGAGUGAAUAUUUAUUGUAUUCAAUGAAAAUACACAAAUUGAUAAACUGUGUAAUAUUAUUUGCAACAUAUACAGAGUAUGUAUUGAACAUACUCAAUGUUUAGUUGAAUAAAAAAUAGUUGGUGUUGUUUGUUACGAUUGUGAAUAGUGAACAAAUUUUGUUUGUUGUUUAUUUAUAAUUGUGACUUGAAAGUGAAAAUUUUCAAUAUCUGAGACUUAAUACCACUGAUUAUUGAAAUAGACAAAAUCAAUUUUGAAUUAAUUCAUUCCACCAUGAAUUCUUCAAGGUUAAGCACAGAUCACAGUGAUAGUUCAUCACCAACGUAUGAUGAUGGCAAAUCAUCAAGCUUUAAUGAUUCGAGUUUUAAGCGCUCAUUAUCAGAAUCUGAUGAAUCUGACCAAUAUUCCCCUAAAAGGCCGCAUUUCAGUUUUGACAAUGAAAAAAUUACAUUGGAAAAUUAUGCUGAAUCUGAGAAGAGAAUUGCUUCAAAUAUUGGAGAACGAUUGAUGCAAAAAAUGGGAUAUUCUGAAGGCAAAGGGCUUGGUAAAUAUGGUCAAGGUCGCUUAAAUCCAGUUGAAGCAUUUCAACAAAAAGGUCGUCGUGGUUUAGGACAUGAUAAUACUAAACUAGUCGAAGCUAAACUGAAAUGGGAUCCAUCAGCAGAAGUAGUUGGCGUUGAAGAAAAUAUGUUAUGGAUUGAUUGUCACGAACCUCCAUUGACAGCAAAUGACGUAGAAACUUGGAUGGGCCUAGGACCUCGAAAAGAAACAAUUGAUGACGAAAUAACGUUCUGCGAUGCUCAAAUUGUAGAACAAGUAGUGAGUUCAAAAUCAGUAUUUGAUAGCUUGGAUAAGAAUGAAAUGCGUCGUGCAAGAACAAGAUCUAAUCCUUAUGAAACAAUCCGUGGAGCAUUCUUUCUAAAUCGUGCUGCUGUGAAAAUGGCUAAUAUUGAUAGAGCUUGUGACUUUAUGUUUACCCAACCUUCAGUCAUGGAUAAAAAUGAACUUUUAUAUUUUGCUGACGUUUGUGCUGGUCCUGGUGGUUUCAGUGAAUACGUACUUUGGCGCAAAAAAUGGGAAGCCAAAGGAUUUGGUUUCACUCUUAAGGAUUCUAAUGAUUUCAAAUUAGAAGAUUUUUAUGCUGGACCUCCUGAAUCAUUUCAUACUUUUUAUGGACCAAAGAAAGAUGGAAAUGUGUAUGAUCCAGAAAAUCAACAAGCUUUUCGUAAGUUAAUAAUGAAUCAAACAAGAGGAAGAGGAGUUCAUUUUAUGAUGUCUGAUGGUGGUUUUUCCGUUGAAGGACAAGAAAAUAUUCAAGAAAUCUUAUCAAAACAGUUAUAUCUUUGUCAGUGCCUUGUAGCUUUGAUGAUCGUACGUGAUGGUGGACACUUUGUUACUAAACUAUUUGACAUUUUUACACCAUUCAGUGCUGGAUUAGUGUAUCUUAUGUAUAGAUGCUUUAGACGUGUGUGCAUAUUCAAACCAAAUACUUCGCGACCUGCUAACUCUGAAAGAUACUUGAUAUGCCAAGAAAAAUUACCAAAUACUGAUGAUAUUAUGAAUUAUCUAUUUCAAGCGAAUUUAAAGCUUCUCAAAAAUAACAAGAAUCUUGACGUUAUGCAAUUGGUUCCAGAAGAAGUUUUACUCAAUGAUCUCAAUUUCAUACAAUAUCUUAGAGAUUCUAAUUAUUCACUUGGUAGCAAACAAGUCGUUGGAUUAUUGAAAAUAGCUGCUUAUUGUGAAGAUCCAUCGCUCUUAGAACAUCGACAAGCUCAAAUGAGAAAAGAAUGUUUGGAACACUGGAAGUUACCUGAUCACACUCGUACGAGACCUCGUGAUAUGAAACCAGAGAUCAAAUUAUCAUCUCUCAAUAUUUAUUUCCAAGAAAUUGCAAAACAAAAAGGAAAAAUAUUAUCUUUUGAUAAUCUUGAGGCUACGAUAUUAAACCCACCUUGUGAUUGGUUUUGCAUUCCAUGUGAAUGUCCAGACUACACGAAAGAUGACAAUAUUCCAACAUUAUACUUCAGCAUGGGUGGAACUAAAGUCUACAAAUUGACAAGAUCGUCGUGGCAACGAGUUGAUAGCAUUCGAUUACCUCCUGAUACUUUGAUUUAUGCUGAAAAAGUGAAAGAAUACAGAGGAGAAUUCAAAAAUCAAAGUAACACUCACGCUCUUCAUAUCAUCGAUGCUUGGCUGUUAGGAUCUCAAGAUAUUAGUCAGAUGUUUCUACCAGAAAGGCAAAACGCGAUAAACAAAUUUUGUGAAUCACUUUGGUCUCCCAACAAUUCAUCAUUCAUGAGAAUACGUCCAAAACCAAUGUUCUCCCUGGAUGAUGAUUUGAAAAGCAAACUCAACUUGAAACUUCGUACUUUAAAAAAUGGAAAAACAGUGAAGGCUUUUCAUCCUGGUGAACCACCGUACUCUCAAGAAGCACAAAACAAUAAUGUAGACAGAUUUUUCUUUGUCCCCAACAGUUUGAUGUUUUUGAAGAGUACAUCACCACCAUGGUCAUUACAUUUGAGCAAGAGGACAGGAGUACAUUACUUCUUCAAUUCACGGGAGAAUAUCCAAGUUUACAACGACAGAAGACCUAAGGACGUAGCAGCCCAUUUUAGUAAAACUUAUGAAAAUCGCGUCAUAUGGUAUUGGCAGCAAAAUCCAGACUUUAAUUUAAAUUAUCUUUGUCACGAAAUUAAACGUAAGUGUGCUUAUACUCCAACGGAUCGGCUUCCAUACUAAUAUCUUUCAUGAUAAAUUAAGCCUUAAUUUG